GAGACAAACCCUGCCAAUACAAAGGCUCCACCAGUGGCUUUCGACAGUGAGAUGACUAAAAUGGUGCCUCCCCCCAGUCAAACAACUACUGGUAAGGCAAACGCAACAGCAGCCUUUCCUGGCAAAGCAUCUACUGUGGCUUCUGGUGACAAGACUACAGUGGCUAAACCUAUGGCAGCAUACCCCAAUGAGAUGACGACUAAACCAGUGGCUUCCCCUGGCGAGAUGUCUAAGACACUGGCUUCUCCCAAUGAAAUGACAACCCCUGGCAAGAUGAGGUUGAAGACUAUGGUGGCAUACCUCAGCAACAUGAAGAGUACUGUGCCAUCCACCUGCAAGACAGCGACAACAGUAAUGUACCUUGGUGAGACCACAAAGACUAAUGUGGCAUACCCCAGUGAUACUAUGGCUACAUCAGUAGCUUUACCUAGUGAGGUGGCUACUGUAACUUACCCCAGCAAAACUACCUCAACAGUGGCUUCCCAUGGUGAAAUGACAACUAAAAUGGUGCCUUCUCCUAGCAAAACGACUGUUAUGGCAUACCCUGCUGAGAUGACUACUGUGGUAUACCCAAGAGAGACGACUACAGUGGCUAGACCUGUUGUGUACCCUGGUGAGAUGACCACAACAGUGGCUUCCUCUGGUGAGAUGCUCACUUAUGCAGCAUACCCUGCCAAUACAGAGACUACACCAGUGCCUUCCCCCAGUCAAACUACUGUGGCAACUACAACAGCAGCUUUUCCUGACGAAGCAUCUACUGUGGCUUCUGGCAGCAUGUCGACUACAGUGGCUGACGUUGAUGACAUGCUGCGUACUGUGGCAUACUCCUGCAAGGAAACUACAGUGGCGUCCUCUGGCAAGAUGACAACUACAGUGGCGUCCUCUGGCAAGAUGACGACUACCCCAUUGCCUUCCCCCAGCAAAACUACUGUAGCAUACCCUGGUAAGAUGGCUGAAACGGCAGCGUUGCCUGGCAAAAGGUCUACUGUGGCUUCUGCCAGGGGCAUAACAGUGGCUUCCCUUGGCGAGAACACUACUGUGGCAUACCCUAGCAUAAUGACAAAGUCUUCCCCUGGUGAGACGACGACGACGACUACUACUGUGGCUGAACCUGUGGUCUACCCCAGUGAGACAAAGACUAUGCCAGUACCUUACUCCAGUGAGACUACUCCACCGGUGCCUUCCCCCAGCAAAACUACUACUGUGGUGUACCCCAGCGAUAAGACCACUGUGGCAUACUUUGAGAGUAGUACAGUGACUCAACCUGCGGUCUACCCAGACGACUCAACUACAGCAGCAUCCCCUGGCGAGACAAUGUCAAUGGUGUGCCCCAAUGAGCCAGUGACGACUACAGUUGAUGAUGACUGACUUAAUCUGUCCUUGCUUUUAAUAAAUUGUUAAACAUG